UUUUUUUUUUUUUUAAACAUUUCUUAUCGAGGAGACAAUCGAUGGUCAGCGUGUACGGUGUGCAGCUCUCAUUUUAUCGUGGACAUCGACGCAGCGACAGCAGGGGCUCUUUGGUGAUGUACGACAGCGCUAGCUGUUCGUACGCAGGUGCGCUCGAAUUAAAGGGAGCCUCUGGGACCGGAGCUGCGGCAGCGGCCGCAGGAGUAACCGCGGCCGGCGUCAAGCAGGAGAACUGGCCGUACCGCGGCCUGACCUGCGGUAGCACCUUCCAGAGGCUCAAGGAAAGCGUCGACAAAGCGAAACAAGCGCUCGCCGACCGCGGUGGAUAUCUAUCCGGUGCUUUCUCGCCGCCGCCACGUGCCAAUCCAUCCGCCAUUUCGCCAACUGCCUCCAUCACC